UAAAGGCAGUAUCUGUGUUAUCAGGAGUGGCUUAUAUAUACAGUGCUGGGCUGUGUGCAGUCAAACCAUCGCUCUCCUGGAUCUCGCGCUGCUCUCACAGUCAGUUGAAGACAGAAAGUGAGCCCGACUCAUCACCAUGUGUACUGGAAAGUGUGCCAAGUGCCUGGGCAUCACCCUGAUACCUCUGGCAUUGCUCUGUAUCAUCGCCAACACUCUGCUCUUCUUCCCCAACGGAGAGACAAGAUAUAACACCCAAGAGACGCUGGCCAGCAGCGUUUGGUGCAUGAGCGGGAUCAUCGGAUCAGGAAUCCUGAUGGUGUUCCCGGCUCUGGUCUUCCUCGGAAUGGAAAAAAAUGAUUGCUGCGGCUGUUGUGGAAAUGAAAGUUGUGGGAAACGAUUUGCAAAUUUCUCCUCUGUGAUCUUUGCUGCCGUCGGCGUCGCUGGAGCUGCCUAUUGUUUCAUUGUGUCUGCAGUGGGAAUCCACGAUGGUCCAAAAUGUGCCCUUGGGAGCAACACCACGUUUAUCUACCCCUUUGAGAACGGCAAUUACCUGAGCAAUCAUACUCUGUGGGAAAAAUGCUCUACACCGAAAAACAUUGUCCCCUGGCACCUCACCUUGUUCUCUCUGUUGCUGCUGAUGAGUGCUGUGCAGCUGGUGCUCUGUGCAUUCCAGGUUAUCAACGGGCUGAUCGGCUUCAUCUGCGGCGAUUGCUGUAACUGCUGUUCUUCAGAGUAAAGCUUCCUCUGAGCAGCAAGACGAGGGGCAGGUUCACAGCAGCUCCAAUUAUCAGAGAUCCUUUAGUGAAUUGUAACAUUCCCUUUCACUUCCCCCCACCCCCCCGUCCCCCACCCCUCCAUCUCUC